AGGUUUUGUCAUCCCCCUUUUCAUUGCCCUCAUCUGAUGAUUGAGUCAAAAAUUGCAAAGAACCGCUUUCUGGAGAUCUUUUUUGGCAAGCGCGGACGAGUGCAACAAAGCAGGCACUGACUUGACAAACAGAAAUUGCCUUUCAAUGUUGCGAACAUUGCGAAGGCUUGCGACAAAUCAUUGUCGAACGGCCACGACAUCCACAAAAACAGAAGUGGUGAAUGCUCCAUACGCUGAGUUGAACAGCGAAUUAUUUGAUGAGGUUCAAAGUCGCGUUAACCAACAUGGAAACACUAUCGACAAGAUCAUAAUAAGCUUCAUUGACAGAGAUGGCUCUAAAAAAGAUUACCUCAUGAACAGGAACAUUUCCACUCCAUAUGACUGCGCAAGACAUGUGAACAUGUUGCUCGCUAAACGCGCGGUGUUGGCUCUUACAUCUUACGGAGGAAGUACGCCACAACUAGGUUGUAUGAAUGAGUCGUUUCGAGACAGAUGCAACUUAGAAUUUAUCGAUUUUCAAAGCGAGAUUUAUGCUACGGAACUCAAUAAGGCUUACUGGAGGUCGUGUAGCAUAAUCCUAGCAGCUGUUUUGACGGAAGGUCUCAAAAACAAGAUCUCAAUUUCUGACUAUCACAAUGAAGUGAGCGAUUCCUUCUUCGGAGUUGAUGUCAGUGGUUUGACAAAGUCUUUGACUCAGUCUGAUCUCAGAGACUUAUCGUCUUUCGCCCGUUCUGAUUUCAUAAGUAGGGGUAUACCAUUUGAGACCGUGUCGCUUUCGUCAGAAGUGGCCAGAGAUUAUGGCUUAGGCUCAAGCUCUCUUCUGUGUCGAUUUGGUAAUUUUGUUGCGCCUAUCAGUGGGCCAGUGAUAUCACGAUCCGAUCAAGUUGGUCGAUUUGCUAUAGUCAAGGCUCGUUUAAAGGGUAACACUACGCUUGUAGGAGGAGUUUCCAUCCCAGAAGCGCAAAAGACAUCAUCAUUUCUUUGGGAGAAAAUAAUGGAGAAUGCAAGUGAUAAAAUUGGAGAAAACGGAGGAAGCUGAUCUGAAGAUUAUAGUUUGUGGUUUCUCAACGAGAUAGAUCAUUUGCCAUUCAACGAGUCACAGAUGAAGAUUAUAAUCUUAAA